ACCGUAUUUGAGACUUACCACCCAUCAGCUGAUUUUAUUAGUGAUACAUACACAUAUAUCAUCACCAUGAAUCACACCUUUGCACUUCCAGUCCGGUCCCGCCCUCUCGGCCUCAAAUUAAGCGAUGCACCAGGCUCCUAUAACAAUAAUACCGUCUCGGGUACACAGCUGAACGAACUUAAUGUACAAAAAAGAGCACCCAAUACCCGGAAGAAACUGGAGGAUCUGGAAAACUUCAGGCCAGCAGCAUCCUAGAGAGAUCCCCGGUCGAAUGAGCAAUCUUUCCCCGAGGCUGAGGCACAUCCCGCAUCCGCAUCCGCAUCCGAGCACUCGAACGACCUCCAGACAAGAUGCAUUUCUUCAGAAUGGAGCUCUACUACCAGUUACCCACCGUGACCACUUUCGUGAAGAAACCCAGCUGAACGAUGCAUCCGAUGAACAAACCCGCAAACCAUCAACGACUGAUCUCAUUUCAGACCAGCUCUCUAUCCUACAAAUGGUGAGAGAUAACCUGAGGCCUAUGAGGUCACAAACUCCCUCUCCAGAGUCCGUGCAUAGAGCUCCAAGGAGCACAUCUUCAUCAUACCAUGACCAAGGUACUGGAUUUAAUGAUGUGCCAUCACCAGCAUCGGACACUCGCAUGCCAAGCUUGGACUUGGGCGAUUUGACGAAAUACAGUCGCUUCAACGACAGGCUAUCUGGCCUGAGAUCUUCAUCAAGCUCUUCUGUUGCUGCGAGAGCUCUGAAUCAAGGAAGCACCCACGGGGCAGAAGUUGAUGAGAUACCAGCUUUCGGGCACUUGCAACGACUACCCAUCCAGUCCUACCACUCCUUUGAGAUUGUAUCAAGUUCCGAAGACCUACAGUCAAAUGUGACGCCUGCUCAGAAGACCAUGACGACACAGCCUUCAUUGGAAGACACUACCAGGUUUGGAAGGACUUACCCCCUGACACCGGUGAAGGCCCGAAUCCGACCCCAGAUUGAUAGCCCAGCAGAAGACCGGUACUCAGAAAGUCCUAGCCCGUCUACCAAACCGCCACGGGUGGAAAGAAGAAGCAAGAGAAAAUCUUCUGUCAUGUCUCUUCGAAGCUUGACAGAGGGAGUGAAACGGACUCGAGCCGGUGUUGAGAAAUUGGCACACAAUAUUUGUUAUAACAGCUGCAGUAAACUUCGCCAUGCCCACCAGAGUGUCAGGCGUCAACACAAAGAGCAGAGAAAACACUACUCGGUUUGGAAGGCACUGCGCCGCAAACUUAGACCUGAGGAUGCCAGCAAGCCCAAGCAUGAGAAAGCAUCUGCGUCUUUCUCGAUCGAACAAGGCGGGCGUGGAACUGAGUCUUGGUGGAAUGCCGGCGUAGAGAAGUAUCACGCCCCUAAGUGGAUGCGCUUUGGGAAAUAGAUUAUAAAUAACUUCCAUGGCAACUCGCGAGAAAAUCAAGGUACAAACGGUAUUAGCCUAGCAUCAUGAGGCGUUAGCUAGCAGCAAGAAGAAGAAAUUGCACAUGGUCUAUCUAUCAAGUUUACCUCGGUAGCAAUCGAUCCAUGAAUAAUACAUUCCUAUGAUCUGCG